AUGGCAGACAAAGGGAAAGCGGCUGCUCUGGGGAGCAAGGACACCCCCACUAACCCCCGAGGCAUACCCUAUGCGCCGUUCGUCGACAGGGUGGAGGACUAUGUGACCUCGCGUGCCGACACCGAGCCCACGCUGCGAAAGUUCCAGGAGAUGAUCGCGAGCUGCGAGCUGCGAGCCGCGAGCCGCGACAGCCCGGGCGGGAAGGAUGCGAGGAUGGGCCGUGGGUUGACGUGCGACGAUACAAAAAACAGGAAAUACCAGUAUAUGGAGUCGAACAUGCAACGGAAAGCCGCGGGCCUCAAAGACAAGAUACCAGACAUCCAAAAGACGCUGGAGACGGUCCAGUUCCUAAAGACGAGAACAGACGAGACAGACCCGAUCGAGACCACCUUCGAGCUCAACGACACGCUGUUCGCCAAGGCCGAGGUGCCGCCCACCGACGAGGUGUACAUCUGGCUAGGCGCGAAUGUCAUGCUGGCGUACCCGAUGGACGAGGCGGAGACGCUGCUGGUUGAGAGACUAGGCAAGGCCAAGAAGAGCCUCGUGGACUGCGAGGAGGACGCGGAAUUCCUGAGGGAACAAAUCACGACCAUGGAGGUUGCAACAGCCAGAGUGUACAACUGGGACGUCGUGCAGAAGCGCAAGGAGAAGGGCGAGGAGGAGAGCAAAGAAAAGGACGACAAGGCCGGCGGUGGCUGA